AUGUUGACACCAGUAUUCCAUAUAGAUCAAACUCCGGAAUAUGUUAUCAUCCAUAUUCAUGCACCAUACGCAAAUGUGAAAGAUACUGAAGCCGAGUAUUGCGAUCUACAAUUCUUUUUCACUUCGAAACCAUAUUUCUUGAAGUUGUAUUUACCCGGUGAAUUAGCUGAAGAAAAUAUCUCGGGUACAUAUGACUGUGAUAAAGGAUCAUUUACAUUCAAAGCGCUAAAAAAGAAUGUUGGUGAAUUCUUUCCUAAUUUGAAUUUAGUGAAUAAAUUAUUGAAACCAUCAGAUAUUCAUGCAAAACGAUUAGUGGAAGAAAUUGGCGAAGAUGGCGAUAUUUUAUCUAUUUUCUCAAAUGAACCGCAAACUUCCCAAAUAUUAGAUAGCGACAUGGUUGAUGAUUCUAUGGACGAAGAAUGUAAACUCUACGGUUAUGGUUUUGCUUGCAGUCGUCACGGUAUUAUUGGAAAGUUUAGUGCAGAAAUCGAUAAUCUUUUAGAUCUGGAAAAUCCUGAAUGUUCAUUGAUCGAUGAAAGAGUUAUGGAUUGUUUAAAGCAUGAUCAGUUGAAGUUCGAUGCCGAGUAUUAUAUUGUUGACUUGUUCGAGAAGAAUCCUUCACUGGAUGAAUGUUUACAAUUUGAAUAUCCUGAAACUAUGUUUGAUUUAUCGUUCAAAAGUCGUGAUCAUUUGAAGGAUUUACCAAAAAAAUUGUUUCCUAAGUAUUCUUCGGAUUUAGAAAAAUCGAUUGCAUUGUCUCUGAUAGAUAUCCUUUUUGCUUAUUUAUAUGAUGUAAGAACAACAUGUGGGGAACAUUCUUCAGAAUCUGGUUGGACGAUUGCAAAAUUGAGUCCUACUCUCAGUUAUUUGGUCAGGUGGAGGACAGCGAAAGAAUCCAUUAUAGGUGCUGUUAGAAGAUCGUUAUGUUUCCCGCUUUAUCGGCAUUGGAAUUUAUCUAUGAAAGUUUUAGACGAUUUGAAAUUUCUCUUCAGCAAAGGUAAGGUGUCGCUGCUACAGUGUUUGGUGGAUGUCCAUAUAAUUUUAUCAACGAGCGGCGAUUAUCGUUAUCUGUUAAAUGACUUAUUUAUAACUGAUUAUUGUUUAUGGAUUCAGUGUGUCUCGGAUGACAUUCUCUCUUGGUUACAAUGCGAGUUGAAUCAUUUAAUUUUAAAAAAAAGUGAUUUCCAGUUGGACCUGGAAGAAGUAGAGCUGGAAGCACAGUUACUGAUCUUGCAAAUAGGUGCUGGAAAUUUGGAACUAGAAGAUUCAGAUGAUGAUCCUUCCUAG